UGAAAGUGGUUUGGCGCACAGGGUGCUAUAGUGCUUGUGUGAUCUUCCAUGGAAUACAUUUAUCUAGCAGUCGGAUACCCGUGUAACCUCCGCUACCACAAUACUUACUACGACCGAAUACGCGCUCCAGUCGCAAAAUAGAACUAGUAUAUAUUGGAGAUACAGCGUACGUAUAUCGUACGGAAAUUGGCUAAAGUUUCAAGCAAAAGACUCCUCUAAGCUGGCGCCACCCGCGCACCGGCGCAAACACCAACGACCUCAGCACGUCAGUACGACGCUCGGCGCACCUAGCAGCCAGAAAAACAGUAUCAAGUCGGAACGCCUGACCCCGGAAGAGUCGGCCUCAGUCGUCAAUACGCGGCCAGGCACCACUAGUCCGGUUAGUCCACACAGCACAACAGCCGUGCACUCCACUAUGCCGCCGGGCUUCUCCGCCGGCAUCGGAUUCAUGCUCGGCCUGCAGCAGGGUCCACUUGGUGGGCCGUUAGGUCCGUUAGGCCAGAUGGGCCACCUCAGCCCAGUGGCCACAAGCCCCGGAACGACACCUUCAGCACCAACCGCCUUUAACCCUGCGCAGCUGAAGCACAUGGAAAUGGUGAUGAGCAGUAAUAGCAGCAGGGACUAUUCGAAGUACCUGCGAUCUCUUGCCGCUAAGUAUAACAGCAAUAAUCCCUUAAACGAAAGUUUCAACUCGAGUUCGCCGUUCAGUCCGCCAACGCCACCGGUGAGGCCGCCUACGCUGCGAAGUCCCGAUUCACCGGUGGGCGGUGGCCGACCCCUGACCGGUGCCCACCUAUCUCCUCGAGCCGGCAGCGAGGGCCAGCGAUCAUCACCCCACUCCCACGUACCCCCCCAAGCGCCGCAUUCGCCGCAUUCGUCACAGCGCAGUCCAGCUGCCGGUUUCAACCUAGCCGAUUUUUCUUCAUCGCAAACGCUGCUCAACCUAGUCCGAACGCACGCGCAGAGCUCGCAACUUGAGACCUACCUCAAGGGCGCCGUCAAACGGCCUGCGUCCUCGACACAGGAAGGUGAUCCACUGGACCUGUCACUGUCAGGUCCACCUGUGAAGCGUUCGCGUUCACCUGUAUCCCCAGCCUCUCCUUCCUCGUCGCCACCUAGUCCCCAAGCCAAGGACACGAGCCCUUUGAUGGGCUUGUCCAUGGGUGUGGGCUUAUUGGCCAAUAGGCCACGGUCCCGCUCACCGCGCUGUUCGUCCGCCUGUGCUAAUGAGGAGCACCAGAGCCUGGUCGUCUCGCGCUGGACAGUCGACGAGGUCGUCAGUUUCGUGCAAGCCAUUGAUGCCUGCGCACCGUACGCUGAGAAGUUCCGCGAGCAGUUAAUCGACGGGAGCAUCCUCUCGGCGUUGACGGAGGACCAUCUGACGGCACAUAUGGGCAUGAGACUGGGCCCCGCCCUAAAGCUACGCCAGAGCCUCACCAAAAAGAUGGGCCACUGUAGUGUAUGCCUGCAUUGUCUACAUUGCCAUGGCCCGUCUCCAGCGGCUCAACUAGGUCUGCCCACAACCCCACAUCCGCCCGGCGCAUUGGCUGCGCAUCACCACGCGACGAGCAGUCCCGCCCAUUCGGCAGGAAGUCCGUCGCCGCGCAGUUCACCGCUUGCCGUAGGAUCGCUGGACGCCCUCGCGGGUCAACCGACCCCUGCGUCAUCCUCGCCCUCACCGCCACCCUCACAUCCGUCCCCUUCGUCGACACCUACUGAUAACACUAACGCUUCCAACUAGUGGAAUAGUUGACCAGUUGGUACAUCCAUGUCGAACUGUGUUUUCCCUUAGCAGCACUCGAAACCUGCUCUAGUUUGUAUUCAGCCUAGCCUAUCUUAUAGGUACGGGCUACAUCAACCCUACACGUCAGUUUAGCAUUAGCAGUAAGCAGCUGCUAGUUCACCUAAACGCUCGACGGCAGAGUUAAACGACCGCAUGGUCAAAUGAAGUGACAGUAUAGAAACAACAAGGAAAUAAAAGUCACCAAAGACCACGCGCUAGAUAAGAUCGAAAAAGAGGAAAAUUGCUAGAGACCGAAGGAGGAAAUAGCAAAUCGAAAUCUCAAAUGUAGCGUCAGCGAGACGUUGGACGGAAAGAGACUAGGGGGCACACCAGCCCUCAGCAUGGUUAACUGACUCUGCUUCACCGCCAGCACCACCCUAUCUGUAACCAGUCUGCACAACCAAAGCUUCUGCCGCCGCCGCCGCCGCCGCCCCCUGCUUUUGCUGGAAGACGAUUUUGUCCAUAGCUGUCUAUUAUCGGUUGAACGUAAACGGAUUUCUUUCCAAUCUUCGAACAUUCGUUUACCUUUUCUGUAUUUAGCCAGCAGCGCAGAGUAUUUUAGGGAAACUGUUAAACAACUCUGUCUAGGAUAAAAUCAAAUGUAAAAUACGGCUAUAGCAAGCAGAUUUGAUUGGUUGGUUUGACUGUGUUAUUAGAAGCACCCGCAAAUGCACACACAACGAUGACUGAAACGAAGUCGCGGUGUUGUUAGAAUGAUAUGAACGAUUACCGAUUUGAUGCAAAAACGUAAUGAUAGCACACGACAACGCGAAAAAAUGAUCAUUGAAAACGUUAUCUGUGCUAGUACAGCGGAACGGAUCGCGGAUAUGUUAUGACAAUGGUAUCCAACGUGUUCCGCCUCUGCUACCGUUCCCGUAAACCAUAGGCGUAAAUCCAUAUACGAGUCCGCAACGACGAUGGUGUGAAAACAUCUACGUCUCACACGGUUAUGUGAUGGAGUGCUACAGCUGCUCUUCCCAGUACAUAAUGCUUCCACGAUACCCCAGCGACGAAGAACUUUUUUGCCGCCAUCCAUAACAGCACACAAAUAAGCUGAAUCAUAUUGAUCUGUGAGCGUAGAGAAGCCAUUUCAAUGAAAAUCACUGCAGCCAAUGAUUACAAGAAAAUGAAAUACUAUGUACCAGUGCGAAGCGUAACGCCUGAACGCACUUCAGCAUUUUUCAACUUUCCAAACACUUUCUGGGCCCCACAAUGAACGGCUUAGCGGCACAAUUUCACGAUAUCGAAGUCGAUCAUCGACUGAGUGAAGUGAACAAAAAUCGAUUUCCGACCUGUUAAAGCAGAUCUCGUAGAUUGCCACUGCGAUCUUCUGUUCGCUUGCAAUUUCGUACAGCGCACAGCCGUCAGCCAUUUGUGAGGCAGAAAAUCGAGACGAAGAUUUGACCGCGCCGUCGUUGUCAUGCCGCUAUAAUUCUAGUCGCCACUAUUUUAAUUUAUUUGAGACGCUCGCCCGAAGACAGCAGAACCAAGUUUUCUCCGGCCAAAAGUCCGGCUCCAUUCUCUUCUUCUGCUUCCACUGGUCCAAAUAGAAUAACUUCUCAAUUGUGUCACGUCAACCCCUUCUACCAGUAUACACUCCGGGCCAGCAUCUCGCUUUGUAUAAAUAUAUAUCGAUAUAAUAAUAUUAAGAGAAAAGGAAGAACAAAACAAUAUAUAUAUAUAUAUAUAUAUAUAUAUAUAUAUAUAUAUAUAUAUAUAUACGCAUAUAUGUACGAGUGCAGUUUGCAAUAUAAAAAGGCUCGAAACGGCGGUCGAUAGGUGCGCCAAGGAUAGGUUGAAUCGAUGAUGAUAGUAAUAAGUAGCGAGUCCUAACACCAGGAACAGGAAACGAAAUUACGGAACUGAAGUUACAUGAAAGUUAUAUAUAUAUAUAUAUAUAUAUAUAUAUAUAUGUGUGUGUGUGUGUGUGCGCUCUUCGCAAAUAGAGAGCACUAUGUGGAAGCAUACGCUGUGUGUAGAUACGCCGCAGAAAACAAAAGAGUGAAUAAUAUGAAAGUAGUUAUGAUUGUAACGAGAAAAAGUUAUCUAAGAGGACGAUAGAGGCGCCGGACGCGAGCCCGCGAAGCAUACUCCUAAUGCGGUACAAUGCUCCGCUGAUCUCCCGACAACUCCCUCAUGUAAAUACAAUGAUUACUCUUAAUAAUUACAUUGAACGAAUACUAAUUAGACAUAUAUGAAAUACAGUCAAACGAAAGUAUACACACACAGACACACGUUGACAUACAACCACGAAAAAAUUACCUUCAUAAAUACAAAAGUAAGCCCGCCCUCUCCGGACAACUCGAACGUAUACGAUGCACAAGAUCACGCGCGCGCGCUUACCUCCCUGACACCCAUCCUGAAACUCUACCAUACUUGGCCACCUCUAGCGACUUCUUGCAACCCGGAACCCUCUGAUGAUGCAUCAUUCCCUCUGAUCACCAGGCUCAAACAGCAUAACGAACUGAUGAAUGAAAUCAUUUAUAAAUAGUAACAUCACAUUUUGAGAGUAUUAAUAUAAAGAGUUUACGCUGCGUAGGUUUGUCCGGCGAAUUAUUUCUCUGGAAGAUCUUCCCGUGUUUUCGAAAUCCCGGUGCGCUAGCUCGGAAGGAAGCGUCCUAUGAGAUUUUGCGGGAGCACCUUUUUUGCAUCUAGAAAAUCCCUUCAGCGCCAAAUCAUCCGCGUCUCGUAGCAUCCUCAUUCACUGAUGAUCCUUCACUCGAGGCCAAGUCUCAACGUCAAUGCGGCGCCCUUAUAAGCCUGCUUAGCCAGGAUGUUAACUUUCUUUAACCAAACCCCUAUAUCGACCCCCUUCCCGCUCCAGAGAAUGACCCACCCAUCAGCCUGAUACCCCUCUCACAACUGUAUGAUACAUAAAACGAUAAAUAUCAAUUAAGAAAGUAAAAAUCCUAACAGCGAUUCGGAAAAAUUGACCCGAAUGAUUAUAAGCCAUUUAUCAUCAAACAAUUGUGAACCAGUGGUGAUGGUGGUAAAAAAAACAUGAGUGAUGACGAUACAAAAAUAUAGAAAAAAAUCGACGAAUGUACGACGAUACAAGCGAUACGAGCAUAUUAGAGGUCACGAGCACAUGGCAGAAAGUCAUAAACUUUCAAGGAAGAAGAAGGCGAACAUAGAGCGCAAAUAGAUUUUAAAAAAAUCCGCCUAUAUUAAAAUGAAUUGUGACGACUAUAGGGAAUUAGAAAACUGUCUAAAUUCGAGCUAAUUUCGAAAAAAACAAAAACAAAAAAAGAAUCGAACAGGUUCGACGACUGUAAUGACAAAAGGGGGCCCGCAGCGUCUCGACAAGGGGCGUUUAUUGGUUAAUGAACAGUAUUGAUUCAUUGAUCGGGUUUGACUCGAUUAGAGGCGUUAAUGUAGACGAUUACAAUGGUGAUGAUGACGAUGACGAUGACGAUGACGGUUAUCGUGAUAACGAUGAAGAAUCAGUCAUAGAAAUAGUUAGUGGAGCAGCGAGCCGGUGACAUAAUCGGAACUUAGGGAAAGGAAGGGAAAAAGUGACAGAAAAACCGUGUCUGAGCGAAAUAGUGUUUUCCUAUCGGCCGGUGAGCUUCGUUUCAGGCCGAAGGGCUGUGAAGAUAUAGAGUUUAGAGGUGUGCUGUACUCAAAGAUGUAUCUCAUUAUAAACAAUAAUAAAUAUACAAUUAUUCACGAUAUUCAAAACAAGACUAU